AAGCGAAGAAUCUAUUCCUACACUUAAAAUGAUCUAUGAAAUACUAAUGAAGGUUCAGAGCAACACAGACAUUCUUAUGAAAGAUAGCAAGCAAGUUAAAGAAGACAUUGAACAUUUAAAAGCUGUGUGCAAAUUUCAAUCAACCACGAUAGAAGAGCUUAAGAGCGAAAAUGCUAAACAGAAGAAGGCGAUAAAUGAUCUGAGGCAUAAAAUGGAAGAAAUUGUAGAAAGUCAAGAUAACUACGAACAGUACCAAAGAAAGCAUAAUUUAAUCAUUCAAGGAAUACCGGAGAGAGAUGAUGAAGACCUGGAAGAAACCGUGAAAGAAUUGGGAGACGCGCUUGAUGUAGAAAUAGAAGAGAACCACAUAGAUAUCGUUCACAGAUUGCCGUCAAAAGUAUCACCAAAGCCUGUCAUAGUAAAAUUCCUAAAMUACUCUGCUAAAAAGGAAUUGUAUGAAGCAAGACGAAAGCUAARGAACCUGAGUGCGARUAGAUURGACACCACAAAUUGUCUUUAUGGUGCAUCUAAGAUAUACAUCAAUGAAAAUCUUACAAAACAGAGAGGGAUUCUAUUCGCCGAAGUGAGAAAAAGAGUCAAGCAAUAUAACUGGCACUCAACAUGGACACUUGACGGGAAGAUUUAUGUCAAGAAGGCGAGGGAUGGCAGGUUUCACAGAGUAAAUAACCACGCAGACCUUGAAGAAUUAUACGAAUAACCCACCCAGGACAGAUAAGCAUAAUAUUCUUAUUCUUCAAGUAAUAUAUUUCUUUACAYUUCAUUUUYAGUUUGCACUUCUAACAUUUUGAGCUAGCAGCUUAUUGCAAUUGCAAAAAUAUUAUUUUUGGCUUAAGAAAUUACGCAUAUGCAAAUUUACUCCUAGAUCCUGUUUUUACAUUAGCAAUUAUCAAGGGGCCAGUCGUGGAGUGUACAGGUGUUAUUGUU